CAGUGGUCUCCUUCCAUUCAAGACCGUAACAGGUUGGCGAUGGUGGCAGACAACCAAAGGUUGGGAGAAAGCGCACUCACUCUCCUGACGGAAAGAAGGAGCUUUAACGAGACGACGCCUCCUAAGGGGGGAGUAUGGCAAUGAACAACCCCUCCCUCUCUCCGUUUAUCGGUGAAGUUGUGGCCCCAGGGGACGUUGUUCUCGAUCUCAGCAAUGCGGGCCCGGUUGUGCGAUUGGGGAGUGGUCUGAGGCAGGAUGGGGGGGUCGUGACCGCCGUGAAGGCGGGUAGGCUUCAGCGGACAAAGCAGAACAAGUACUGGAUCUCCGGGAGCCAGAAACGACUGUACGUUCUUGACAUAUUCGGACCGACCACAGCGAAUCUUCCUACGCUAGCGUUCGAGAAUGCCACGCGGAGGAAUCGACCGAACCUGCAGGCGGAAGGAUUCGGUCCUCUGACCGGGGGUUAUAUCUUCGAUUGCUCGACAUCGCUUGCUAGGGCUCUGCUGAGCAAGCCUCCUUGCCCCGUGCUUGCAGCUUUGGGCCAAAAGGUCUCAUUUGAGAUGGCUGUGGGACUCAAUGGACGCGUUUGGGUGAGGUCUGCAUUGCCAGCAACGACGAUACUCGUGUGUACCGCAAUUCAGAAUGCCGAAUUUUUGAGUCCUAUGCAAGCUCAGUUGAUGGUGAAGAAACUGCUCCGGAGAACCCAGUGAAAAAAAAAAAAAAAAAAAAGGAGGCGCAGCUCGUCAAAUCCUUUGUCGAGUGCCGAUUUUUGUAGAACGCAG